UAGGAAAUGCUUCACAGCUUGGGUGGAAUUGAAAAUCUAGCUCAGUAUAUGGAAACAGUAGCAAAUAGCUGUCUUAAUUAUGGAGAGGAGCAGCAUAAUGUAGACAAGUUGGUCAACGUGACAUACAUUUUCCAAAAGCUUGCUGCUGUUAAAAAUCAAAGAGAAUGGGUCAUAGCAAAUGGAGCACAUAAAACCUUAGUAAAUUUGUUAUCUACCCGAGACAGCAAUGUCCUUUUGGGUGCCCUCCUUGCUCUGAUUAGCCUAGCAGAAAGUCCAGAAUGUAGGGAGAAGAUAAGUGAGCUCACCAUUGUUGAGAACUUGCUGGUGAUAUUACAUGAAUACGAUUUUCUCUCUAAAAGGUUAUGUGAGUUCCACAAAUGGACUUUCCAAGUUCAUGCAGUUGGUGCUAUUUGCAGUACUAAUGCCAUUAACAAGAAGGUGGUACCAUGGAUGACUGCAGUCCACCUGGCCACCUCCCACCCUGGCUGUGUAUGCCUGGUUGCCUAUGCUGACAGUCAUACUCAAUCUUGUUGUGCUGCAAUUACUGAGCUGGUUCUCAAUGAGACUAAUGCUUACCAAGUUGUACAGGCAAAUGGAAUAUAUACAAUAGCAAAGCUGAUUUUACCCAACAAAGAAAGGAAUGCUGAAAAAGCCAGUUUAUUACAGUGUUAUGCUUUCAGAGCCCUGAGAUUUCUCUUCAGUAUGGAAAGAUAUCGGCAUGUUUUCAAAAGACUUUUCCCAGCUGACUUAUUUGAAAUCUUCAUUGAUAUUGGACAUUAUGUGCGUGAUAUCAGAGCUUACGAAGGGUUGGCAUCAAAGCUAAAUUUGUUAAAGGAGGAUGUACUGAAGCAAAUUGCUGAAAGUAUUGAGAGUAUGAAUCAGAAUAAGGUACCCACAAAAUAUAUAGGAAAUUAUGCAAUUUUAGAGCACCUUGGCAGUGGAGCUUUUGGAAGUGUAUAUAAGAUUAGGAAGCAUAAUGGACAAAAUCUUCUGGCAAUGAAAGAAGUCAAUUUACGCAAUCCAGCAUUUGGAAAAGACAAAAAAGACAGAGAGAGUAGUGUAAGAAACAUUGUCUCUGAAUUAACCAUCAUCAGAGAGCAGCUUUAUCAUCCAAAUGUUGUACGGUAUUAUAGAACCUUCUUGGAAAAUGACAGAUUGUACAUAGUCAUGGAGCUCAUAGAGGGGGUGCCAUUGGGAGAACACUUUCACUCUUUGAAGGAAAAACAACAACAGUUUACGGAAGAUAGAAUAUGGCAUAUAUUUAUCCAACUUUGUCUAGCUCUUCAUUAUUUGCAUAAAGAGAAGAGGAUUGUUCAUCAAGAUCUCACUCUGAACGAUGUCAUGUUAGGGGAUAAAGACAAAGUUACAAUUACUGACUUUGGGCUUGCAAAGCAGAAGCAAGAAAACUGCAAACUUGCAUUAGUAGUAGGAACCAUUCUAUACUCAUGUCCUGAAGUUGUAAAGAGUGAGCCGUAUGGAGAGAAGGCUGAUGUCUGGGCUGCAGGAUGCAUCCUUUAUCAGAUGGCAACUCUGAACCCACCAUUUUACAGCACCAAUAUGCUCUCCUUGGCUACUAAGAUAGUAGGGGCUAUGUAUGAACCUGUGCCAGAAGGACUGUACUCUGAAAAAGUGUCAUUUACCAUUAAGAGCCGCUUGACUCCUGAUGCAGAGGCACGUCCAGACAUAGUGGAGGUCAGCUCACUGCUGUCUGAUGUUAUGAUGAAAUACCUGGAUGUUCUAUCCACCUCUCAUCUCAUGUUGGAGAAGAAACUGGAUCAGGAGAGGAGACGAACCCAGCAGUUCUUCAUGGAGGCUAAUCAAAAUGCAGUAACCUAUCACGAUCAGCUUUCCAUUUUAUCCCAAAAAAAUUAUGAGAAGUUAAGUCUUCAUAGUAGCAGCAAUGGAGCAGCCAGUUGCAAAAGUCAGUUUUCAGAAAAUACUGACCUUCCAGUUGAUAGUUGUCAGUCUGCAUGUGGAAAAUAUGAGGAAGGAACAUAUGAAGAAAUUCUGGUACAGGAUCACAGGACUAUAGAGAAAGGUAUGUUCUCUGAAUUAGAUGCUGAGCUGGACAUACUGGACUACUCAAACAGCUCCAGUUCAAGUAAUUUGAAAGAGUCUGCUAUUGGUAUAAUUAAACAAAGUUUUAGUACUUCUGGAAGACAACCUCAGAUAAGAGAUUAUGUUGACAGUCCUGGAUCAAGACUGUGACCAGCAUCAGCAGGAAUUGCUGUAUCACAAAGGAAGGUGCGUCAGAUCAGUGACCCCAUUCAGCAGAUUCUUAUUCAGCUCCACAAAAUUAUCUUCAUCACUCAACUUCCUCCAGCUUUGCAAUGCAACUUGAAAAGGAGAAUCAUUGAGAGGUUCAAGAAGUCCCUCUUCAGUCAGCAGAGCAAUCCUUGUAAUCUGAAAUCAGAAAAGAAAAAGUUGCUGGAAGGUUCUCCUGAAUUGAUUGAGCCCAACAUCUUCACAGCAGAUUAGCAUGUGGUACUUCUUUCUUCAGGUGGAAAUAUGUUGCUUCCAGAUGAUAGAAAAAGCAUGGUUGGCACUUCUGACAUGGCAGAAGGGGUGACAUAUGAGCAGUUGCAGACUCUAAUUAAAGAGGUUCUAGAGGAAAGUGAUUAUUACAGUUUCUCUUCUAACAGGUGUCUCUACUUUCCAAAGGGAACAAAGAACUAUCCAGCAAAAGAAGAGAAUAUGUGAUUCUGAACAAAGGGUUUGGAAUUGUUCCUAAUGAAGUCAACCUGCCUGUACUUCAGCUGAGGCUGAUUACUAAAGGGUCAAGCUUUGCUCAUUAAAUAACAUACAGAUGGAAUACCAAUGUGGGGCAGCUUCGAGACAUCACGGGGUAUUUCAGGAUGAUACUCUUUAGCUUUGUUUACAGCAUAAGCACUUUGCAAGGAACAUUGGGAAAAAUGCUUUCAGGUUUAUAAAUUAGGAGAAAAGCACAGUUCUCAACAGUAAAUACCUUCUCUUUUUAGAAUAUGGUUUGCAUAGUCAGGUUUUCUGGAACAACAGUUCAGAAACCUUAUUUAUGUCCAUUUAUGUCUUCUGUGGUAAGAAAAAGAGCUUUGUAACAUGACCAGGCAGAAAAUAUAUCUAGGUUCACUCUACCAGAAUUAGAGACAGAUUAAACACCAUCAGUAUGAUUUUAAUAUUUAGAAGGAAUUUCUAAAUAUUUAGGAAUAUUUAGGUAAUUGCAAAUUCUAAUGCUGGUGUGACAUGUUAAUUGUCAUUAUUUGCAAAUGACAUAGCUUCUGAAAUCAUUAUUAUUUUAAAACCAGCUGGCUUUACUGCUGUUUCAAAAUGUCUUCAUAUUAUAUGUCUGUCUUUAGCCACACGUUGUAUACAUCUGUGUACAUAAAAUGUGUCAUGUACAUUUGUAUACAUUUUAUAUACAUGUAUGUUUUACUGUUUAACAGACUUGAGUAAAUUAAAUACAUGCUUUGCUACUAAUCAAAAUUGAAGUACUUAAGAGCACUUCCAGAAUUUCAGUAUUUAUUCAUUGUAUUAAAUGUAGAUAAAAAUGUCUCACUGCAGUAGCAGAGAAGCUGUGUUUUUGUCUACAGUUUAGUAAAGAAUACUUAUUAAUAACAAAGGCUUCUCUCUACAGUUGCUACUGUGGCAAUCAUAACUAUUGCAAAUAACCAGGAUGCACUUGGUGAUACAGUUUUAUUAUCUCUGUUAAAAAUUAUUAGCCUUAUAGUCAUCACACGAUUACUUAUAAGUAAUUUCAUGCAGAUGUAUGUUGUGUACUUUUUUCUUUAUUUUUCCCCCCAGUGGUUUGUUUGUAACUAUAAACAGCUAAUUGGCAUUCAUUUCCUAACAAUUUAAGUGUAUAAUUUACUUAUAAUGUGUGAC